AUGGCGGCUUCGGACGUCAUUCCAUACUCUCCCGGGGCCACGCCCAGCUCCUCGGCGCCUUGGGCUCCCUUGUCGUUUGACGACUUUCUGGACUUCCCUAGCCCCGGUAUCGCCCCCAUGUCUCCUCGCAUGGCACCCGCUCUGAGCUCUGAGCCUCAGCCAGCAGUGCAGGGUGCCGCAUUGGAUCCACCAUCUCUGGAUCUGCCAUCGACUUCGACAGCUUCCAGUGUCGUCGCACCGCCGACAUCCUCGGCUUCGUCGCCUACGCAGCCCCCGCCACCUGGCUCGUCACCUGAGGUGCUAUUCGUGAGUUGAUGGUAGGCAGCAUAGCUUCGUUUGGGCAAGGGUGUGCAUUGAAUGCGCUGCUAGUAAGCCAGCCACUGACGACUUUCUCCUCUGCGCAUUUUUGGAUACAGCGCUACUACCUGGCUGCCGAGCUUCGUCGAAUCGGCUCGAACGCAGACGACAAGAUCAUCGACAAGUACGUUGCUCAACACUACGCCUCGCUCUCCAAGAGCAAGCCUCAGCAGUCUCCUUCGAGCGUGAGCCAGCAAGCUCCACCCGCCGCCGCCUCUCCAGCGCAUGUCGUUGCUCAGCCUAACGCAUUCAAAGAACAAGGCUCGAUGGGCAUGCCUCAAGCUUCUGCAUUAAGAGUCUCUCCGGUCGCCACUCGUGGCCCCGACGAUGCGGUUGGGAUUGAUCCACACAUGGUUGAGCUUCAUCAACCCUCCGAGCGGCUCACUACGUCCACCUCGCAGGUCACAGAUGACCAUGUUGAGCUUGGAAACUCCUUCGCAGGCGCCGAUGCAUCUCGUCUACCCUUGCGUGGUAGUCCACGCCUACAAAGAUCCGCCGACGACAUGUCAGAGGACUCGGAAGGGGAGGAGCAGGACGACAUUGCACCCCUUGCUGACGAUGACGGAGCUGACAGCAAAGCUUUACUGCAGAGACAAUUGGCACAGACCGCCAGUGGCAAGACGGCGCGUUCUUCUAGGGCCGGUAGCGCCGGCACAGUUUCAUCAUCGUCUGGUCUCGGUGGCGAAGCGCACGAUGGCGGCGCACAGUCGUUCAGCGGGCACGGACGCUCCGUGAUUAGCGCUGCGGCCAUGCUUCGUCCAUCCCCAGAGGAGUACCAGAAGUUGAGUAGCAAAGAGAAGCGACAGCUUCGCAACAAGAUAUCUGCGCGCAACUUCCGUACACGCAGAAAGGAGCACAUCACCACGCUCGAGGAACAGCUGGACAAUCGCGACGCCAUUAUCGAGGGCCUUCGCUCUCAAGUGUCUUCCUUGACGCUCGCAAACCAACAGCUGACGGAUGAAGUCAAAGUACUCAAGACAAAGCAAAUUUCUCAAACUGACGUUCAGCGUAUCCUUGACGUCUUGCAGCGUUCCGCUUCCACCAGCGGAACGGGCGUCGUGGCCGGAUCAGCCGACGGAACGAGUGCUGCAGCACAAGCACAACGCCUCGGCAUUUCUCGCACUGCGAGCAACAGCAGUUUGGUGGGUCACGCAAACUCGGGAGAUGUCACGAUGUCUGGCAGCAGCCGUCCAACGACUCCCAACAGCCCAAGGCCACCCAUCCUGCGCCGCUCUUCGCCUUCCAUCUCUGGCCUCAACACGCGCAAGGAUGUGGCUUCUACGAGCUCGGCGUUCUGGGGCGGUGCCAACACCACUUCCUCUGCUCUCGUUGCAGCUUCUUGA